CGCUACAACGAAGCUCGAUUAAUGACUCGUAGCUCGAUUUUCUUUUGCCAUUUUAAUUGUCUGCACUCGUACACAUCUCUCCCGUGGCAUAUUUAUAACUCGCGAUGAUAGCUCAGCAUAUGUUCGAGCUAAAUACGAACCGGCUCCAGAGUUACUGCUCUGCGCACGGUGUCAAUGCCACUAAAUUGCUGGGCGCCCUCGCUCCGGAACGGGAAACGCUUGAAAUGUGGGAACCUCUCAUUUCCAUUGUUACUUACUUUUCCUCGUGCACACCUCGCUGCAAAAUGAUCCAGCUCCUGAUAAAAAACUAAUCAGGAUCAAACCGUAAUUGAUAAAUAUAAAACACUCUCCGCAAAACAACAAGUUUUAUUUCACUUGGAUCAAGGACGAGAGUUUAAGCGGUGUGACGAAAGAUUCGAAGAAAAAUUCAAUAAAACAUCUUUUCGUCCUACUCUUUCCGGGACAUUGAUUACAUCUGGUUAGAUCGAGCUGCACUUGGAUUCCACUGGAAAUGUAUCUAGAAAAAAUGUUAUUUUUCCAACGAGCUCGUCUCGAGAGGUUCCGUCCAUUUUAUGGUGAAAAUUAUCAAAGUACCAUCGGCAAGUUACCGUACACCAAAUUAGUUUAAUCGGAGAGCCGUUUUUCAAUAGUCCAGGGAUUAAGAUUCGUUCAUUCCAUUCACUUUUGCGCAAUCGAGGACAUUUAAAUUCAUUCGAAAAUAGCGGAUCGAUUUUUGCACAUUGCGAAAAAUGAAAUAAAUGGGAACACUUUACAGAUUUGGACAUUUAUAAACGGAUCGAUCCAUUUGUCAGUGCGUCUCGGAGCCAUUGGCAUUUUAUUUGCCAUACUCCAUUUGUCAUUUACAUCAUAUUUUUUUCUCGAAGGCACGAUAUUUCGAAAGUUUGCGCAGGCGAGGCUUAUUAUACAACAAAAUUGAACGAGUCUUCGCUAAGUAGAGGAAAAAAAAUACGAAGAGACUGAGCAGGACUACGGUGCGAUUGGAACGACAAAAAAUUUGAACGCAUUUAGAAAUCGAGAAGAGCGUCGCAAAAAAUGCUUGAAGUUAUAACUUCACCGGAGACAUCAAAACGAAGUUUUAUUCAGAGAUGAUAUCGUCUCGGCGAACCUGCAGUCAGCGAAGGACAGAUUCGAGUCGCAAUGUGCAAUUCAUUUCGGAUUUAUAUCGCUCCAUUGGAUUUCAAUCAAAAUAUCAUUCGGACGAGAACGGUUCACAUUAUGCAAGAUGCCUCGAGCCGAUUUGAAGAAAUGUAUUGAAUUAUAUAUUGCCGGAUGGAUGAUUUCAGUGGGUCGGAAGAACCCGUUUUUUUUUCAUGUUUGCACUCAAUACAACUCGUGCGACGAAGACCAAACGGUUUAUAUCGGCUUUUAGUUGAAACUUUUGUGAAGGAUCAUUGCUCCUCGUUAUGGGACGCGAGAGCCACGUCUUGACGAAUAACGGGCAUGAAUAACCAUAUUUCAACGUCCGUCGACACGAGACGAUCAGGAAUUGCCAAUAGUCGAUGAAUACCGCGCAAGAACAAAGUACAAUCGUUGAAAUUUAUUGGGCGUCCACUCUGUCCUGCAUUAGGCUGAGCAUCUUCUCAACAGUGGUGACAAUAUGAACUUCGCACACGAAAUUCUACCAUCCCUUCAAAAGAUUCUGAUGGGUCGCGAAUUGAGGACAUCGGUCGCAGCACCUUCAGAUUUCGCAAUUUAAAAAUACCGCCGAUUACGGCCUCUCGGUCGAGUGCUCUGACAGAUACCAUUAUUUGCGGGUGACCCAGAUUUUCGGCUGCAUCUUCACUGAUCCAGAUUGUGCGUUGCGUUGGGGAAGACGAAACUUUUCACGAUCUUCGUUCUUUUCGCGCUGUAUUAUCCGAGAACAAGAGCAAUGAGAAAUCUCGCUGCAAUCUUCGCGCAGUGGUUUUGUGUUCUACCCGUUGGGAAUAAACGAACGGGAAUAGUAAGAUUUCGGAAUUCAGCGAGCCGAAAUAACCGUGAGAAUGGCAACGAAGCAAGGAUAAUGCGAAGUUAAAUUUGAGCGUUGGGUCGUCCCGUGUUUUGCCCUUCCGCCUACAAAAGUAACGGAGAGUAGAGCGAAUCGAAAUCGGCGCUGUUCCUGAAGCACGGUGUAAAUUCGACGAGUAGGAAGGAGCAGAGAGAGCUGCGCUUGUGUUCGGGGAGACACAGAAGGAGAAGGAGGAAGACGAUACAGAACGGGUGAUGCAGUCGCGAGCUAGCCGGCCGACACGUCGGACACGCAGUUUUUUUCUUCCGCACACUGAUUGAGUGGAUACCGGCAUGAUCCUAAUCAUCGAUCGCCUUUCGACAUUUCGUUGUCUCGAUAUCGAGUAUUUGGCUGACGAAAAAUAGAAGAAGGGACCGAAAUCUAUGUUGAAAAGUCUCUAAAUCCGUUGAACUAUAAAUUUCAAGUGCGGUGCGAAUCGAGCAAAGUGUCAAAAAACAUUGCAACGUGCAACCAUCCCAACGGACGAUUACAAAGGGGAUGAAAUUUCCGAUGUUGAAAUCGCUAUUGGCUCGAGUCUGAUUCCGCAAUGAUUCGGUUCUAAUGGGGCUUCUUGCGCUCUCAUUAUUUCUUCGUUUAUCCGGGAGAGAUUUUGAAAAACAAUCGAAGAACGUGGCUCGGCGGGAUAUCGAGGAGCGUUGAAAAAAAAUUUGGAAAGUCAGAGUCGACCGCGCUCGUUUUUUCAAUGUGCUUUCGAGCGGCGUUUUGGAUUUGCGAGUGCGAACGACUUUGUAAAAAAUCUUCGAUAGAUUUGUGCACCUGAUAAAGGGACGCUGAUAAAACAAGUGGAAACAACGACGACGAGGACGUCGGUAAAUAGUCGGACUGAGUAGAAUGAUCGUGAAAGACAACAUGUGGAGACAGAGGCGCCUCACGGUGCCUAAGAGAACGAGCGAGUUGGUCGCACUGGUUGCGCUGUCGAGUACUCUCUUCUUGUUUCUUCACACGCGUGAUCUUCAUUCGCGAUUGCGUGAAAUGGAGGUUCGUUUGCAGCCAGGAGAGGGUGAGACACUAUCGGGCAAUCAAUUAUCAUCCGAAGAUGGACAUCCCGGACAAACUGGAAAUUCUGGACCAGCCACGAACGGCCCGUUCACCUAUCAAAAUCCGCAGAGACACACGAGUACAGAUUUGACGAACGAACCAGCCGAGAGACUGGACAUCGACGCUCUGAACAACACGAGGCGAGCCGACAAACACGUACUCUUCUUCAAUCGUGUACCGAAAGUUGGAUCGCAAACCUUCAUGCAAUUGCUCAGACGACUGUCGCUCAGAAACGUUUUCUCAUUCAACAGAGAUCAGGUCCAGAGAGUCGAGACCAUACGGCUUGCUCCAUACGAACAGCGUCAACUGGUCAGACUGGUCAACAGCUAUGCCGAGCCUUCGGUUUAUGUGAAGCACGUUUGCUUUACUAACUUUACAGAGUUCAACAUGCCACAACCGAUUUACAUGAACGUCGUUCGAGAUCCAGUGGAGCGAGUGAUAUCGUGGUAUUAUUACGUCAGAGCGCCUUGGUAUUAUGUGGAAAGAAAGCAAAUAUUUCCGGAUCUUCCGUUGCCCGAUCCCGAAUGGCUGAAGAAGGAUUUCGAGACGUGCGUACUGGCCGGCGAUCGAGAGUGUCGUUACGUCGAGGGAGAGUUUCACGAGGGCAUCGGCGAUCACAGACGUCAAACAUUAUUUUUUUGCGGACACAGCGAAAAGUGCACGCCUUUUAACACGGUCGGUGCUCUCGAGAGGGCAAAAUUGUCGGUUGAGAAACAUUACGCAGUUGUGGGAGUUCUCGAGGACAUGAAUACAACCCUCGCUGUAUUGGAAAAUUAUAUACCGCAGUUCUUCGAAGGUGCUACGGAAUUGUACUGGGACGAGAUGAACUCGUUCAAAAGGAUAAACCGCAACUCGUUCAAGCCACCGGUUAGUGAGGAGGUCAAAGAUAUCGUGAGAAGAAAUUUCACCCGGGAAAUCGAGUUCUAUCAAUUCUGCAAGCAACGACUUCACAGGCAACUCAGAGCACUGAAGCUUACGAAUCCACUGCCAACGAUGGAUAAUACCAAUCUGCUUUGAACGAGCGUCAUUUCUUUGGUGUAUCGAUGAUUUUUUUUCUUCGUGAAACAACAGCAACGCUCAGGAAUGGGGAAAAGAAACAAAAAAGCCUGAUCAUUAAUUGUGAUAUAGAAAACAAAUAUAAUAUUGUAGAAGAGGCACGUCGAGAAUCGGGGGAAAAUGUUGUAAAUGAAAAAGCUAUGAAAAUGCGUAAAGCACUGAAGCUAGAGUUAAUUGAGUUGAUGCCGUCCAGAAGCGAAAACGUGGUGGAAUUGAAGAGGCCAGCUAACGAGAAUAAAUCGAUUCAACAAGAGGAAGUAAACCUCAAGAUUCGCGUGAUUUGCAAAACGUUUAUAGUUCGUAAUGCACACAAUUCAAAUUGCAUUAAUCAUCUUUCAUCCAAUUUGUCUGAUAUUCCUCCAAUGAUUCAUUAGACAUUAAAUUCUGAUUGGCGUUGAUGAGGGAACGGUGCACUAAAAAUCGAAGAUAGAGACCGAGAAGCCCUGACGCGUGCGUGUGCGAUGUGGCAAAAAUUGUUGAAAGAUAAAAAAAAAGUGCCAAGUUAAAACUAAAUUUAUCGUUAUUUGUCAUUGGACAGUUGUAACAGCGUGCUAAAUUGAGAUAAUCUCGUAGCGCUCUCGUUGUAAUACGUUUUCCGCGAUUCGAUCGUGUGGUGUGCCUGGUCACGCGAUUAUAUCGGAGGUCGGUCGACAGGUCGUAGAGAUUAACAGCCAGAGGCAAGAGAGAGGGAGAGAGAGAGAGAGAGAAUGGAAUAAAGAAACACACGGAUGUAGCUAUUUUUGGAAGCAACGAAUAUGCUGUAGUAGAGAAAACUUUCUUCCUCUCUUCUCUCCUUCUUUUUUUCAAUCUCGUAAGUUUUUUUCAUUUUAUUGUCUCAAUAACACGUAGAACAACGUACUAUAUAUAUAUAUAUAUAUAUAUAUAUUUAUGUAAUAAUGGUAAUAGUAUCAAUAAUACAUUAUUCAUAAUCUCGUAUAUGAAUAAAUAUGUGUGUUUUCAUUGAAUUUUUUCUCAGUUGCGUACUCUUCGUUUGAACCGCGACUGGAUAAUUUGCACGAAUCUUGAAAAAUAAUGAAAAUUAUUUAUACAACUGUGUAACAGGGAAGUUUUGAGCCAACCAAUAUGACGCAGCGUUUCGUUGAUUCACGCGUCUACUAAACAUGCAUGUGUUUCAAAUGUAUAUAUUUAUAGUAUGUAUUUAUAGCACAACUAUGUAUGUAUACAUGAAUACGCAUACGUGUGUAUGAGAUUGGUGAGGGCUAGUCAAAAAUGAAACUCAUCGUCAUGCAGUUUGUCUUCGUUGCAUUGAUCGUGCUGUAUACAUAUAUUGCAGGCUUUUUGGGCGGAUUAGUCAUAAUUGUUUAUUUUGAUCUUUAUCAGCUUCUUUUCCUCUUUCGAGAGCUUUGGAGUACUUGAGUAAAAAAAUAUGGCAUCGUUUCAAUUGCCCCCCACCCCCUCUCGCUUUAUUCCUUCUCUGCCUCAGUCUCGGAGCCUCGGUGACCGAGCGUUCGAUGUCGCACCUCUCUCUCUGAAGUAACGACGAAAAUCACAGGUGCGAAUAACGUUGAUAAAACUGUUGUUAAACAUGGCGCUACAGAUGUGUGCCAGGAAAUAGUUACAAAUGGUGAUAAAAUGUCGAAUUUAAUCGCGAGCGAGACGUUUUUCAGGUACAAAUUUCAUUGUUCGAUCGUAUUAUUUAUUUGAAGAUUCGAAAGCUACUGACGUUAUAACGAGCUUUUAAAUAAAUUGUUGUUGUCGAAAGAGGACAUAAAAUGAAAGAGAAAAAAAAACACAGUUUCAUCGAACGAGGCUACAAAACGUGUUAUUUACGAGAUCUAACAACGAGUCCAACGAGUCUUAAUUACGAGUUAUGUGUAUAAAUGACAACAGAAGAAAUAAUAACAAUCGUAACCCAUUCA